AUGAAUGAAGAUUUACAGGUGGACUUGGAUUUUUCUAUUCCCUUCCUUUCCAUACCAGUGAAGCCUACUAUGGAUCACGUUUUUGGAUCUAUCGGUAUACCGACAGUGAACAUUAACCUACCAGCUCUCGUGCUAGGGGGUGGAGUGGUCAUCGCCUCAACUUUCCUGCUCCCACUCCUGUUCAAGAGCUACGCGAACCAACCACCAUACGACAGAUACGCUAAGAUAUUGGAGCACACUCAAUUCGGGGCCGACGGUGUACUGGACUUUGCUAGUAACGUGCUGAGUGGCGGCGUGCAGGGUUGCGCGCUCAGGGUUGCCUGCUGGUCCGGCCAGCGUGACCACGAAGACGGGGCGAAGUUCUGGACUGGAGUUAUGAGUAACCAGCUGGUGUCCACCCUGGUAAACUCUACGGCGGUGGAAGACGCCAUCGCAUCGGGCCGGCGAGGCCGGGACUGCUCCGUGUACUCUCCCUGCCCGCUCACGGCAGAACACUACCCCGUGCUUAUGAAGAAUUUGAUGCAACUGUCUAAUAAUACUAGUUAAAUUAUAGGCUGAGGCCCCAUUUGACACCAGAGCUUUUUCAACGCGCGUUAAAAGCGUUUGAAUCCGUCUACACGCUAAAUAGUAGUAGCGGUUGACCAAAAUCAGCUGCAAAUGGUGUUAAAGGUAUGAAAAUCGGCAUUUGAAUAAAUUUGACCCGUAGCACCAAAAAAUAAAAACAAACGGAAAGGAGUUAUGACGUCAUCUAUUUGUUGUAUGGAAAAAUAAAAAAAAUUGGUCAGAAACCUAUCGUGUGUGGUAUUAAAUGAAAGGGCAUUUUGAGCCGGUUCUAAAAAUAUAUCACAUUAUUAUAUUUCCGUCUCUUGCAUUCAAUUGAAAUAAAAAUAAUUUUCAAAACAUACCAAGUUUGGGCUCCUCCAGAUACGAAACCGUUGAAUAUUUUUUUGUAAAAUAUACCUCAAGUAAUACCCAAUAUCCUCAUAUCUAACCCCAAGAAAUUAAUUUUGAAUAUAUUUAGUUUUAGUAUUUCUUUUAAAUUUUUUAUUAUUACAAAUUGUGAUCGAUCAAUCUAUCAAUGAA